AUGAAAAAUACUGCCAGAGUAUUUCGUCACGCAAUUGAUUUAGUCAAAUUAGUUCCACAUGGAAUUCUCACAGAUAAUGGAACAGAAUUCAUUGGAAAAGAUUUUGAAGCGGUUUGCCAAGAAUUCAAUAUAAAACAUUUCAAAACUCAUCCGUACUCUCCAGAGGAAAAUGGAAAAAUUGAAAGGAGUUGGGAGACUCUUUUCAAGACAAACCCUGGAGUGAACGUCUUUGAGUUCAUCCCCAAUGUUGUUUCCCAGUAUAAUAGGGUAUGGAAACACUCCGCAUUAUUCAAACUCUUUGGGGAGAAAUUGACUCCAUUUGAGGCCUGGGAAAGAGGCCCCAAAUGGACAAAAGAUCUCUGCGCUGAACCAGGCUUCGAAAAAAAUCUUAGAGAUUAA